CCAUCACUCGAUCAGGUCCCGGAGUCUCGCUCAUCUUACUAAAGUACCAGCAGCCAUGGCGGACAUCAAAACGGGCAUCUUCGCCAAAAAUGUCCAGAAGCGGCUAAGCCGAGCCCAGGAGAAGGUGCUGCAAAAGUUGGGGAAGGCUGAUGAGACAAAAGAUGAACAGUUUGAAGGAUUUGUCCAGAACUUCAAGAAACAGGAGGUGGAGGGAUCCCGGCUGCAGAGAGAACUGAAAGCUUAUCUGGCAGCGGUGAAAGGGAUGCAGCAGGCCUCCAUGAACCUAACCGAGUCCCUGCACGAAGUGUAUGAGCCAGAGUGGCACGGAAAAGAUGACGUCUUGACCAUUGGGAAGAAUUGUGAUGCAUUGUGGGAAGACUUCCAUCAAAGGCUGGUGGACUCCUCGCUUAUCACCUUGGAUACGUAUCUUGGACAGUUCCCUGACAUAAAAACCCGCAUCGCGAAAAGGAGCCGGAAGCUAAUCGAUUACGACAGUGCAAGGCAUCACUUAGAGACUUUGCAGGCGUCCAACAUACGUAACGAGCGCAAAAUCUCAAAGGCUGAAGAGGAGUUCAACAAAGCACAGAAAGUGUUUGAGGAGCUGAAUGUCGACCUUCAAGAGGAGCUUCCCUCUCUAUGGGACAGUCGGGUGGGCUUCUACGUGAACACCUUCAAAAAUGUUACAAAUUUGGAGUCCAAGUUCCACAGAGAAAUUGCACAGCUCUGUCACAAGCUGUACGAGGUGAUGACCAUUUUGGGGGAACAGCAUGCAGAUAAGGCCUUCACCAUCCAGGGAGCUCCCAGCGACUCGGGGCCCCUUCGGCUGGCCAGGACGCCCUCGCCCCCUGAGGACGAGUCACCGCCCGGCAGCCCUGUCACCGCCAGCCCCAACCACACGCUCGCACCCGCCUCUCCCGCCCCGCCCCGACCGAAGUCCCCCUCACAGCUCCGGAAGGGUCCGCCGGUACCGCCCCCGCCGAAGGUCACACCCACCAAGGAGCUGCACCAGGAGCAGAUCCUCAACUUGUUUGAGGAUAACUUUGUACCAGCGAUCAGCAUCACCACACCCUCACAGAACCAAAAGGCUGGGGAGUCUCUCUUGGAUCUGGACUUUGACCCAUUCAAGCCGGACUCCACCACUCCCAUUGGCCAGUCACAAUCACCCAUGUCACAGACUCUGCCUUGGGACCUAUGGACGACAAACUCUGGUCCUCCACAGCCUGUGUCCAGCAAUGCUUUUAAUGGAUUUUCUCAGAUGGAUGCAGGCACCUCCUUAUUUACCGCAGAUUCAAACCAGAGUGGGUUUGGUACAAUGCCUGAGGCUGAGGCAGCGCCCCCUGGUGCUGAAAAAGUGUCAGUCUCUGAAACUGUCUCUGAACCGGGCCUGGCCCAGGAACCCUCCAGCACUGUUGCUGAUGCUAGCGCAGAUGGCGGUGCAGAUGCUGCUCCAACCAGACCGCCAACAGAAAAAGCUGCAGACUUUGAAGCCGCGGGGGAUGCAGAGGUGCCCGAGGAACCCCCGGUGAGUGGGGUGACCGAGUCCACUGAGAUACCCCCAACCGCCGAGGCUGAGACAGAGUGCCCAGCUGAAACCCCAGAGCAACCUGUUCCAACUGAGGAGGCAGAGAAGGGAUCCCCCUCCGCAGAAGUUCCGGCUACUUCAGAGGAUGUGGAGUCCCCCCAAGAGCAGUCUCCGACUGUUGCUCCAGAAGUAGGGGAGGAAAACAGUGAGAAAGAGGUUAACGAAGACACUGGGGCGAAGGAGGAGAACAUGCCCAUCCCUUCCGUGGUGAUCGAGCCCGCGUCCAGUAACGAGGGCGACGACGACGGCGACAUCGUCUCGCCCAUUACCCCCAGCGACAACGGGGAGCUGCCGGAGGGCGAGUCGUCGAAAGAGGGCCCCGUCUCACCCGAGACCGACAAGGCCGAUGUGUCAGCGGCAGUCUCCAGUCUGCCUCCUGGCUUCCUCUAUAAGGUGGAGACUAUGCAUGACUUUGAGGCGGCAAACAGCGACGAACUGGACAUGAAGAAGGGAGACGUGGUGUUGGUGGUCCCCACAGCAACAGCUGAAGACCAGGAUGCCGGUUGGCUCACAGGAAUCAAGGAAGGUGACUGGUUGCAGCAAGGGGAUGGCGCUAGCAGAGGACUCUUUCCAGCAAACUUCACCCAGCGUCUAGCAUAACAACCGGUCCCCGAAACGGCAAGGGGAUGGGACUGAGUUUAACUUUGAGCGACUGAAACUGGCUUCGAAACUGCAGUCUGUCGAAACAUCUUUAUCAGACGGCUGAGGACAGACGAUCGUCAGAGAGGAUUCAAAACAAAAUUUAACCACUGAGGUUCAAAUAGUGGAGCAUGAUGCAAGACUGUGGUCUAACUUCUUAAACCACUAAAUGAGUAUGUUUCAUUUGUUUACCCGUAAUCAGCAACAAACUGGUUUUGUGCUUUCUUUGAGCUUUGGUGACCCCUCUACAUGUAAUCCCUUGAAGCAAAAAAAGAAAAGAAAAAAAAAGAACAAAGUCAAGAAUUGUCUUUUAAGAGCGAAAACACCAUACCUUUUCAGCACUAAGUGUAUUGUAUUCAUUUUGUUGCUCUCCGGAUGGUUUUAAUCAGUAAUCUGUAGUAAAAUAAUAUAUUUGACAGUCUUAGUGCUCCACGAGACUUAAUGUUUUAUUUGAGACAUAAAUGUUAUCUUGCAUUGUUGUUAGUGUUCUCUGUAGUUUCAGGGCUGAAUGUGUGAGUGUUAUAUUUGGCAUAUUUGGUGAUGAUUUUGUUCAUGAACAAUAAAUGCUGCUCUUUUGCCAAAAAAAUGAUUAAGCGUAAUUCUGGAUGUUAUGAGGAAUGUCCAGCAUAGUGUUACAAAGGUGUGAAGUGGGGAUGAAAACUGUAUUCUGACUGAAGCAGAUGUAGCAUUCUUCACAGUAUAUUUAUAUAUCAGAUCCCUGUUCUUGAAGAAAAGACCUGGAACCAAGCUUACAGUCUGUUCUUACCUUAUAUCUACACUUGUGUUGCCAGUUCAUGCUGUGAAUUUAAUUUUACUUUAAGACAUAUUGAGUUUUAUUUGCCUUUUUUUGGUCAAAUGAAACCGGUGAGGUUCUUGAUGUGGACAAUGAUACACAAUACACUUACCUGUUAAAAUACUUCCCAUUGUUCAAACGUUAAAUUAAGAAUGAAUACAGCCUCAUGCUAGUGUGCAGUCAGCUCACAGUGUAGAUCUAUUUUGUGAUGUACACUUACCUGUUUAUUUAUCAAAAUGAAUAAAAUAUACUUCACAGAGAAA